UUCGUUAUGUUCUAAAAACUAUUGAUAAAUGACAAUCAGAAGUACUAUCAGUCCAGUGCUGAAAAUUGGUCUCCAAUUUCUAGGAAUUUGGCCGGAUGUCUCAUAUUCUACCAUUUACUGGUUGAGUUUGACCUUAAGCAUAUUAAUUAUGCAGUAUUUCCAGUAUUGGUAUAUCCUUAAACAUCUAAAGUUUAGCGAGCUCUCAAAUCUUAUUGACGGUUUAACUGUAACUUUAGAUUACAGUUUGACAAUUUUUAAAUUAAUUGGUUUGUGGCUACAUCGACGAGUUUUUCAUCAACUCCUGGCUGCUAUGGAUAAUGAUUGGCGCGAAUGUAUCAAUUUUGAUCAGCAUUUGUAUAUAAUGACUAUUAAUGCUAAUAUAUCGCAUUUCUUUUCUAACGCUGUAUUGAGCGUUGUUACGAUUAUUGGGAUACUUUAUCUUUUAGGCGAAUAUGUAAUUCGUAAUUUUGUAUUGUUAAUCGAAGAUCACAAUGACACUUUACGGCAAUUUCCUAUAAAGAUAUAUUUUCCUUUCGAAACUCAACAGUGGCCUGUGUUUGAGUUUUUGUUUGUAACAAUAUUUUUACAUGUGAUAUUACAUGUCUGCGUAGUUUUCUUAAUAAAUGGAUUAAUUUUUACUUUGGUGCUACAUAUUAGCGGGCAAAUUGAUAUAAUGUGUCACGAGUUUAAAAAUAUUUCUGAAAGUAUUCUUCUUUAUAAAUCUUCCGCGACUUUAUUUGGAUUGUUGAUCAAAAGACAUAACAGAAUUAUUUCAUUUUCUGAAAAUAUUGAGAAAUUUUUUUCAUUUGUUGCACUGAUGCAAGUUGUUUGGAAUACUUUAGUCAUUUGCUGUUUAGGAUUUGUCAUCAUAAUUUCUUUUCAUAAUGGAACUGGUAUUUUUGUGACAGUAAAAACUAUUUUUGCGUGUUUUGCCAUAAUAUUUGAAGUUUUUAUCGUUUGUUUUGUUGGAGAUUAUCUUAGAUUAAAAGGCGAAUUAAUUGCCAGUGCAACAUAUGAUUCGCUGUGGUAUAAUAUGUCACCACGUCAAAGUAAAAUUAUGUUAUUUAUAAUAAUAAGAUCUCAAAAGCGACUAACAUUCACGGCAGGAAAAAUGAUGGAUAUGUCACUUGAAACUUUUACAAAUAUCAUGAAAGCAUCAAUAUCUUACGCAUCUGUCUUGAAUGCUAUGUAUUAAUUUAAAAAGGAAUGCAGUAUAAUUUCAUUAAAAUUAUAACGUAAUUAAUGUAAGUCAAUAAGUAAAAAAAUUUUGAUAAUUUAGCUGUAAACUGUUAUUAACAAGUUAUUAUAUCCGUGAAC